AUGACAUUGAACAGUGCCGAUUCGCAGAAUGCGCACGUUACGAGCAAAGGAGACAGCACCCGUAGUAGCAGCAAUGACUCCUCUUCCACCACACAAAACUCCAACAAUGCCACCACGCUCAACGACGAUUCCGAUCUCUCACGAAAGCGAUCCAUAGCAACAGAAAGCAAUGAGCAACCAACCAAGGAAAGAAGAGUGAGCCCACCAGCAAGCAGCGAACCCUCCAUGACACCUUCUCCUUCUGCUGUAUCCAUGCGCGAUGCUCAAAGACCAAAACUAUUGGACCCACCGGAGCCACCAGUGUGGGAGGAUCAUCCAAGGGCAUGGGGCUACUUGCAAUCACUUGUUGAUACGUGCCAAUCUGGUUAUCUUGAUCGCGAUACUUAUGAUGACAAGGGACGUACUGGUUAUAUGCUUGGGCGAGCUGAUAACUGUGAUUUUAUCUGCAAAAGUCGUCCUGAAGUGAGCAAGAAUCAUUGUUGCAUUUAUAUGGAGAGUGGUAACAAUGGACGACAAAAAGGGAUCAACGUCUAUUUGGAGGACAUGAGUUCAAAUGGCACUUUUGUCAAUGGUCAACGUGUCGCAUCAGAUGAUCGCCGUCGUAUCCUUCGCUCUGGUGACUAUAUACAGCUGUAUCGCAAGGAGAAAAUGCCAUCCGAUGACCCUCGACACAUGUUCUAUCGUAUUAUCUUGCCACCACAAUUCGAAGUGAACACUUUUCAUGAAGACUACCAUGUUGGAGAAGUGAUGGGACGUGGCCAUUUUGCAACUGUAUUCAAGGCACAACACAAGGAAAGCGAACGCGAGGUAGCUGUCAAGCUCAUCAACAAGAAAAAGUUCCAAAGCAGGCCCAAGAUGUUAUUAUCCACUAUUCAAGAAAUGGGUGUGUUGAUGGCCCUGGAGGCUCAUCCAUGUGUGAUCCAAAUUGAAAAAGUGUACAACGAACCAAAGUACAUCUACUUGGUGCUGGAAUUCGUGAGCGAUGGUGAACUUUUUGAAUACGUCGUACAAGAAAAGAGCCUUUCAGAACGUGCCACCCGGUUUUUGUUUCUCCAGCUUUUCUCGGCCAUCAGAUUUCUUCACAACAAAAAUAUUGUCCAUCGCGAUCUCAAGCCUGAAAAUGUGUUGAUCGUUGACAAGGAAAAGUUACACGUCAAGGUCACCGACUUUGGACUUGCCAAGAUCAAGCCGACAGAUGAAAAGCUUCAAAGUCAAUGUGGCACGCCCAACUACGUGGCACCGGAGGUGUUGAAUCCAACAAGUAUCCGUUCAUAUGGCAAGGAAUGCGAUAUGUGGAGUCUUGGCGUCAUGUUGUACAUUUGCUUGUGUGGAUUCCCUCCCUUCAAUGAGGAAUUCGAACCUCCAUCCAUGAAGGAUCAAAUUAGGCUGGGUCUUUACGAUUUCCCUCCACAAUAUUGGGACGGUAUCUCAGAUGAAGCGAAGGAUUUGAUCAGGGGGCUGCUGACAGUGGAUCCAAGGAAGCGUCUGACGGCCGAGGCUGCGUUGCGACACCCGUGGAUGGCCCAAGAUUCUGAGGGGCUCUAUGAAAUGAGCAGUGCUAUUUCACCAAACUUCAGGACCUUACUCGACACUGUGGGGAUCUCGGAUGACAGCCUACCAACACAGCCCAUCAACAGCCUCACCCAAUUCACACAAUACUCUCUUGAACUGUAA